UCCCCUGUCCUCGACCCGAGCUCGCACCAUCGAUUAGGGCAAAAGUUGAGGUAGGGAGGAGAGGAGGUCUCUCAUGGAGGAGACGCGCGAGGACGAUGAGUCGAAAGGGGUCUCCGCCAUGGACGUCGACCGAAGCUCGCGAUCCGCGAAGCUCGUCGAUCUCCUCCGGAGGUUUCUUGGUGUGCAACAGAGGCGUGCGGAAGCGUACGCGAAGCUUCGAAGGGGAUUCGCGGACUAUAUGACCAGUGGAGGGGAAUUAGCCUAUCAACAACUUUGUGGGGAAAUCACCGCGGAAUUUAACGAUUGUUCGAAACAAGUUCUUGAAAUGGAAUCACUUCUUCUGAUGCCAGACCUAUCUAGAGAUGAUCUUGCUAAUUUACUGAAAGCUGUCCAAGCACAAGAGAAGCGGAAGUUGCAUCUGACGGCACAGAUUCAGAUCUUGAAGAAGGCCGGUCGUCCGUCGGAACGGCUAGUGAGUCAUGAGCAUUGCAGGUUCCACAAACCGACAGAGCACGAAUGCGUGCACGUACGGGAGAUAACGGAAGCUGCAGGCACAGAGGAUGCUGAAGCUGAUGCGGAGUACGACGGAGCCCUCAAGGAAGCCAUUCGGGGCGUGCAAGAGGCGGUCACGAGUAUAAACGAGCACAUGGAGGAGGUUCGGUACGAGAUCGAAGCCCUCGAAUCAGAGUAGCCACACAUAGAUUUCGAAAACUGAAUAUAAAAGUGUUCAGGGAAAAACUUAGGUUGUUCUUCAGGGACUAAUGGGAACAUUACUAUUUAGUUGCUUGUUGUAAAGGCUAAGGUGUUUUAUUGUAAAAAUGCUUUUUAAAUUCCAUUUUAUCUUCAAUAGAUUUAUCAGGAAA